AUGGAGGCGAAGGGUACUCUGCUCGAGCAGGCAGCCGCGGUCGGGGUGAUAGAGUUUCCGCACGAGGCCGGAAGGAAUUCCAAAAGUCACAAUUUGGGUGAAGCGGCUGCGCGAAUCGAUUCCUUUACCGAGAAGGCGAAAGGCAGAGCCACAUUGUUCCUAGGUGCUGCUAUUUCCACGUUUAAGCCAGCACAGUUGCCAAUGUGGAACGACUUUGUGGAACUGUUGUGGACGUCGGCGCUGAAUGUCGCCAUCAAAGCCAUUCGACCUGAUACAGUGUCCGCAGAAAUCUUGGGCUUUUUCAACCGACUCAAGAAGACCGUGCCCAACUACAUGGUUACCGAAGUCAUCUCAAGACGUCUUGGUCAACAAUAUCUACAGGUGUUGGAUGCGUUUCAGGCUGAGAAGCAAGACGAUGGUGCUUUUGCUUUCAACAAGAUACACACAUGGGCUGCUGAGCUGCUCUCCACUGGGGAAGUUGCUGCAGUGAUGACCACAAACUUUGACAACUACCUGGAGAAGGCUAUCGAGAGCAAGACGUCGCUCUUUUACCAGGUCGUCGGAGAUCCUCACGUGGACGGCGGGGAGAUUUCGACCCGGUUGCCAUUGACCUCUUCGGACCAAAAGUUGGUUCUAAUUGUGAACGGCGCAAAGGCCUUCGCCUUCAUACGAUCUCUUAUGCCGCAGCUGGGAAAUGGCAAGGUAACAUUCCUCUUCAAAAUCCAUGGCUCGUGCUAUGAUCCAGUCAGUUGCAUUGACACUCGAUUGCAACGUGCCCAAGGCCUGCCUUCUUUUGCAACUGAUGUGCUCGAUAUUCUCCUUAAACGAACGGUGUGGCUCGUUGCAGGCUUCAGUGGAAGUGACAUGAAUGACAACCUCGACUAUCUUCGUUUCCUAUCAAACAAGAGGCAAGCCUCGAUUGUUUGGCUCACGUUGCCCUAUAGCCCGUGGGAGUUAUCAAUUGAAGGCCUCACCCUGAGUAUGGACCUCAAAGAGGACUCCUCCGUUGGAUUCUGCCUUCUUAAUGGAUAUUUCCUCGGAGAAAGACAUUCUGGUCAAAGCAAGUUCCCUCGUUUUGAGAAAAAGAUCACGUCGUGGGCCGAAGAUUUGGGACCCGAUUGGUGUCAACUGCUCUUGAUCGACCUUAUCAUUCUGUUCGAGGAGAGGAGCGGAGAAAGGGCUCCUCCAAGACUUCUACAGACACUCAAUCGGGGGCCGUCGCCAAGACAGGACUGGAAUGGGAUCCUGAAACAAAUGAAUCUCCAGAAAGAAGAGUCAAAGAGCUGUUCCGCGGUACGGGAAACGCUCAGCCAUAUUCUCGAGGACGAAGGCCUACUCAGUCUUGGAGCCAAGCGGAAAUUUUGCGGCACGUUGAAUGAAGGCCUCAAAGAGCUGAUUUCGCACCAUGGAAGGCUUGAAGAGGCUGCUUUGCUCCACAUGCCUCCUCGGCAUCACGCCCAGACAUGGGUCGUCAGUGCCCUCAGCGGGCUGGCGUUGCUAUGCGGAGGCAAGGUGGAAGAAGCUGCCAGAGCGCUUCGGAUUUCAAGUGGCGUUGCUUGGGUAGUCGGAAACUACGAGAGUCGCCAUUUGAUCGAGGACGUUCUUGCCGCCAUUCUCCGGCAGCGGCCAGCCUCAACGAAACCCAGACUGGCGAAUACCAUGGCCAGACAACCGUCUGCAAAGUGCGUGGCCUUCAGCCCUUCGCUAGACAAUGUCAAUGCCAAGAUGAAUCGUUUUGGUGUGCCUCCCGAAAACUAUAUGAGAGCCCUCAUGCAUCGAUCUAUCUUGUUUGCAGAUGGAAUGGUCGUCCCACCAAAUACGAUCACCAACUCUACGGUGUUUGUGGACGAGAUCCUCUUCCAAGGCGAGCGCAAUCAGCUGGAUGAAGUCUAUAUCCGCCACGUGUUCCCGAUCUUGUCGGCAAGCCUGAAAGACGGACCUCGCAAGCUGCAAAGGUGUCGUGAGACUAGGGCGAAACUUUACAUUUUUGAACCGGUCAACGAGGACCACAUUGCGCAGAUGGACGACUAUUUCGAUGACCCGGCGAACGCUCACCAAAUUCUGUAUUAUGAUGAACCGACACUCAGCCGGGACUAUGGCAGAUACUUCCGUGCUGAAGUUGAUCCUGGCCAUCGGGAGGAUACCAUUGAGCAUCUUGUACAACUUUGGAAUCACAUCGAAGCAGGAGGUCACUGGGAUGUGGGCGACAAUUGUGAUAAACGCUCUUCGAUCGCGAAAGAGGCGGCGGAAGAUCUUUCUAACUCCCUUCACCUGCUGUCGAAGCACCUGCCGGAAGCGGUCUUUCGGUCACCGCUAUACAAAUUCGCCGAUCUCUUUGACGAGGCCAGCGACAGAGACAGUGUCAUCCAAUUUCUGACCAAGGAUACCGGCGAAGACGCCAAGGUUCAACUGUUGAAGGCACGGGAUCGGAUUGUUGAGAAACCUUGGCUGUAUGGCCCCUUCUGCCACGAGAUAUUCGACGCCCCAUACAGGGCAACCAUGACUUUCGACUACGCUUCGCGUGCUGAGAAUGAAACGCUCAUCUUUCUCGAAGACGACGAGGUUCCUUCGUGGCAGUUCAUGUCCUCCGUCGCCCAUGCAGGCGACUCCCAAAAGACCUUCUCAACUUCUGCUGUCUCUGCCGGCAGCCACAAGUACUCUGCCCUCCUACUAAGUCAGAUGCCCAGAGCAGCGCUACUGGACCUGAGGGACGAGCUGGCACCCAUUCGAGACAAGGUCUUCAAAGGUACGGAACUUUUGGCAGACGAUGUGCAGAAAAUGAAGAGCGCUAUGCGUUCGUUUGAAAACCGGUCACUGGUCCUGCCUGAGGCGGAGAUUAAAGACAUCAUCCAUCUCGAUCCACGUAUUAAAGAGCCGGCCCAAAAGCUACUCUCACAGUGUCUCUUUUUGGUGAGAAAGGGUCACCCACUCGAACCCAUGUAUGAAGAAGCUCAAGUCACUCUUCCUGGUUUGCUGGCAUUGCGACGGGAAACAGUCCCAAAAAGGUCAUGA